AAGGGAGCGGGAGGGGGGGAUGAAGAGAUGCCGGGAAAGCGCGCCACCGAGAAUGCGGCAACAUUUUGAAUGGGAAGCGCGGGCCCUGCCUCCACAUUUACACCAUUCGCGCUUCUUCUUUCUCUCUCUAUAUAUAAAUUAAUCCUCUAAAACAAACAAUAAUAAAUUAAAACCCAAAGCAUUAUCAUUUCCUCCGUUUCCCCCGAGACCUCCUCUUCCCUUCUUCUUACUUCCCCAUUUUCCCCUCUCCUCACUCAAAUCAAAUCUACCUCCAAUCCUUUUCAAGGAUUUUUUCUGCCCGAGAGAUUAAAGUUCUAGAAGAUAGAUUGGUUGAUCAGAUUUGCGUCCCCCCUUCCUGUGUGUGAUAAUGCGGGAGGAUAACAUUGAUGGUGUGUUAGGCCACAAUCGUCUGGCCCUUGGAAACCUAACCAAUCGUCCGCUCAAACGAAAGCUUUCCUCCAUUUUGAGUCAUUCAGGUGCUAAACCAAGGGAUGUAUGUGGGAAAACUGUGGAUGGGGAAGACGAAUAUGUCAAGGAGAACUGUAAACGCUCGAGCGGAGAACAAUGUUAUUCAAUGGCGCUGUCUAGAUUUAGCAAGGAGCAGCAGGAAUCUGAUUGCUCACUGGCUUCGAGUGAAGCUGAUACUGCUUUUUCUGAGAUGCCAAAACAAUCUGUGCAGUGUAAUUUGCCGAUUGACGAACCACAUCUUGUGCAUGAGGGUGAACACAGAAUUACAGAUAGUGAAGCUUUGGGAGUUCCUUGCUUGCCCACAUCUGUAGUCCCUACUUGCUCUGAGGAUAACAAGAAAGAGUGUCCUGGAAUUAUGCUAAACAAUGAUAAUAACGAGGAAGCAGUUGAUCCUGUUUUAAGUAAUGACGAAAAGGAUAUUGACGUUGGGAUAAUUGGCUCAAGCAACCAUGACUCCUCGGAAUGGUCGAGGAUGCCUAUUUCAGAGGGUUCCAAGUCUCUGGGAUUGGAUAGGUGCUCAGGACUUAAGACUAGUAACUGUGCUAAUGCAGACAUGUAUGACGACUUGCUUAAAACAUGUUCUUGUUCGUUCUGCUUGAAAGCAUCAUACAUUUGGUCAGAUCUCCAUUACCAGGACAUUAAAGGACGUAUUUCAGCACUUAAGAAAAGCCAGAAAGAUGCAAGCAUCUUGGCUCAGAAAAGCAGCAAAGAGAAAGAGACUUAUCAUGGUCAAGGAAAUUCUUCCAGCUCAAAGCUAGAACUUGAUCUUUGUGGUCAAUGGAUGUCUCUGUUCCGUCAUAUGGAAGAUACGUUUGCUCAUGAAGGAAACCAACUUCAAAGCAGUUUUGUUAGCCUGAAAGAUCUGAGAGAGGAUUGCAAGAUGAAUUUGGAAAUGUUUAAUGCCAUGCCCAUGGAGAAGCAUUAGCGUGCUGUUGUUUUUCCUCCCAGUCUGAUGGUUUUGGGCCGUGUGAAUGCAUGACAGCCUUGAAUUAGAUUGAGAUAUUUGAUACAUCUGCUAUGAAGACAGGUAACUUGUUUGAACUUGCUCUUUUAAGAUUGCUAUUCCAUAGUUGAGAUUUGAGAAAAUGCAUUUUAGGGGGGUCAUGAGUGUUUAAAAAGUGACUUGUAGGUUUUGACUGGGUGAGAAGAACAGGCUGAACUUAGCAGAUUGGUUUAUAAGGUCUUGAAAUCAAUCAAUCUGUCUAGAGUUUACUGUAACAAUCUUUAGAAAUUAAUUCUUUAAGCCUUCGAAAUAUAAUUGUUUAUAAAAUAAAAUUUGAUUUCCAGUUGUCGUAAUGUUUAAAUAGAUAGAUGCUCAAGAAACCAAUCUUUUCACUAUUAUUUAACAAAUUUAAUUAACCUA